CGCAUGCGCACUGUCUCCCCCGCGCCUGAUGCCGUGUCCCUGCCUGCGCGGCCGCAGUGCGCGUGCGCAGAGCCGCGGCACCGGGACGGGCCCGGCACGGCGCCGGGGGCGACGCCGCGGGGCACCAUGGCCGUAGGCACCGGCACCUCCCUGGCGCUCUCCUCGCUGCUCUCGCUGCUGCUCUUCGCCGGGAUGCAGAUGUACAGCCGGCAGCUGGCCUCCACCGAGUGGCUGACCAUCCAGGGCGGGCUGCUGGGCUCCGCACUCUUCAUCUGUUCUCUCACCGCCUUCAACAACCUGGAGAACCUCGUCUUCGGCAAGGGCUUCCAGGCCAAGAUAUUCCCCGAGAUCCUCACGUGCCUCUUGCUGGCUCUCUUUGCCUCUGGCCUCAUUCACCGAGUCUGUGUGACCACCUGCCUCAUCUUCUCCAUGGUCGGCCUCUACUACAUCAACAAGAUCUCGUCUACCCUCUACCAGUCUGCAGCACCCGUCACUGCUCCCGCUAAGGCUGUCGGCAAAGGCAGGAAGAGGAAUUGAUAGCCUGCUGCCCCUUCCCUGGGGCAGCCCCCUCCCCGCUGGGCUGGACUGGUGCUCUCAGUCACCCAAUAAAGCCAUUUCUUUGUAA